AUGAUCUUAGGGCAUGUCUUGGUACUCCUCAUACCCUGCGGUGACUUGAGCACAAGUACCGUGAGUUCCGUGAAUGUAACGGAUAACGGUGGCGAGAUUUCCGGGACCGGAUAUGAGUCAAGGAUCCCCUCCGGGACUCAGAGCUUUGAGGUAUCUGAUUCUCCUGAUAACAUCCAUAGCCCCUUUCACCUUCAUAGUUCCGAUCACCCUGGUCUAGUUUUAGCUUCUGAGCUUCUAGAUGGUACGGACUAUGGUCUCUGGCUUGUUGCCAUGACUACAAGUCUUGAGGCUAAGAAUAAGAUAGGAUUUAUUGAUGGAUCUAUCCCUAUCCCUGCUGAGACUGAUCCUUACUACAAAAUUUGGUGUUGUUGCAAUUCAAUGUUUAAAUCGUGGUUGCUUAACAGCGUUUCGAAGAAGAUCUAUGCUAGUAUUAUGUACUUCCGUGUUGCUGCUGAUAUCUGGAAGGAUGUGAACACUAGGGAACCAUGGAUCUCUCCUCCUAUCAUACUCAGACUCAGACUUACUGGGGAGCUCUCGAGUCUUCAGGUCACCUCCAGAACCGCUGAAGAUCUCCUUGCUGAGAGAGAGACUAAUCGGCGUUCUGCUCGUCUCGUGCCUAAUUCUGGUAUUGAACCUUCGGCUUUUCAGGUUGCUUCUAAUCCCUCUGUCUCUGCGUUUCAGAAACCACGACCAGUUUGCUCUCACUGUGGUGGCCUUGGUCAUAUCGUGUAUCGGUGCUACAAGAAGCAUGGUUAUCCUCCGGGUAUGAAAUACAAAGGUCGUUUUCAGAAGCCUUCUGCCUCCACCAACUUGGUUAUCAACUCUGAAUCCCCUAUGUCUCCAACUGAAUCUGCUCCCUCAGUUAAUUCUGCGAAUUUCCCUCCUGCUGCUCUCACUCCUGAUCAGAUGUAA